AUGUCGGUCGCAACAAUGCUGCAACCUUCCUCUCGAGCCUCGACCUCGACCAAUUCCUCCUUUGAGCCCGUCAGCCGCCAGAACACUUAUUCCAGUCAUGAUGGCGCUCGAUCCCUCCGACAGAGCAAGCGUGUCAGUAUGACUGCCUUGUAUGUGAGCAUGAGUGCCAAGGAUAAGGACCUGGAAAUCAGCGACGAGUUGGCAAGAGCACAACGCACAUUAAGAGAUCUUAAAGGAAAGAUCUCCAAUCAAUCCAAAAAGAAUUUUGUCUUGGAAAAGGACGUCAGAUAUCUCGAUUCCCGCAUUGCGCUUCUGAUCCAGAACAGAAUGGCGCUGGAAGAGCAAAACGAAGUGGCCAGUCACCUCGAUGAGGCUGCCGAGCUGCAGGAAGGAUCCUUCCCUAACGAUGAGAAAACACAAAAAUAUGGCAAUCUGCUUUUCAUGCUUCAAUCAGAGCCCAGGCACAUCGCUCACCUUUGCCGCCUGGUCACUAUGGCGGAAAUCGAUUCACUCUUACAAACUGUCAUGUUCACAAUUUAUGGAAACCAGUACGAGAGCCGAGAAGAGCAUCUCCUCCUGACUAUGUUUCAAUCAGUUCUCACCCAUCAGUUCGAGACAACGCCAGAGUAUUCGUCUCUGUUAAGACAAAACACCCCGGUCUCAAGGAUGAUGACUACCUAUACAAGGAGAGGCCCGGGCCAGAGCUUUCUCAAAGAAGUUCUCGCUGAAAAAAUUAAUUCGCUGACUGAACUGAGCGAUGUCGACCUUGAAAUCAACCCUCUCAAAGUAUACGAGGCAAUGGUCAAGCAAAUCGAAGACGAUGCGGGAGUCUUACCUGAUGACUUGCCAAGGUCUGUCACAGCUGAGUUCGCAGCAGAGAACAUCCAAGUUCAAGCCAUCAUUGCUCCGCGCCUGAGAAUGCUGACCGAGAUCGCGGAGGGAUUUCUCUCCGCCAUCAUCGAGUGUCUAGAAGAUACACCUUACGGCAUUCGAUGGAUAUGCAAACAAAUCCGAAACCUUUCACGCCGAAAAUACCCUGAUGCCCAGGAUCAAUCCAUCUGUACUCUGAUAGGUGGUUUCUUCUUCUUGCGAUUCAUCAACCCAGCCAUAGUCACACCAAAAUCUUACAUGCUUAUCGAAAGGGUGCCUGAGGACAAGCCAAAGCGGACCCUGACAUACAUCGCUAAAAUGCUCCAAAACUUAGCAAACAAACCAUCUUAUGCAAAGGAGCCAUACAUGGCCAAGCUCCAACCUUUCAUUCAGCGGAACAAGGAUCGAUGCAACAAGUUCAUGCUUGACCUGUGCGAAGUGCAGGAUUUCUACGAGAGCUUAGAAAUGGACAACUACGUAGCUCUGUCUAAGCGUGAUCUUGAGCUUCAAAUAAGCUUGAACGAGGUCUAUGCGACACAUGCUCUCCUGGAAAAGCACACUACCGAGCUAGCCAAGGAUCCUUCCUCUCACUUAGGCAUCUUGCUGCAGGAGCUUGGACCUGCACCACCACAAGUGCCACGAAAAGAGAACAGGGCAAUUAAUCUCCCUUUGUAUAGCAAGUGGGAGGCCUCUUUCGAUGACCUCACUCAUGCACUAGACAUCACGCAGGAAGAGAUCUUUUUCAUGGAAGCGAAGAGUACCUUUGUCCAGAUAAUGCGCAGCUUGCCACAAAAUGCGCACGUCAUGCGGCGACCACUCCGACUUGACCGUAUUGCAGAAGCGGCUGGGACUCUCAAGAAUGACGCCGUUAUGGUCCGUAAGGGCAUCCGAUGCAUGGAACUACUAACCCAGUUAUCAGAGAUGGGAGCCGUUGAUCGAGGGGAUGACUAUGCCGUCCUUCGUGACGAGGUCGAGCAAGAGCUCGCUCACCUAGGCUCCCUUCGAGAGAAGGUCGUGGAGGAGACGGGCAAGCUAGAGGAUGUUUACAAGACCAUCCGAGAUCACAACGCUUACCUGCUAUCACAACUUGACACGUACAAGAACUACCUUCAUAAUGUUCGAAGUCAGUCAGAAGGAACACGAAGGGGUAAGGCUGAGAAAGUCCGUGAGCUUGGGCCGUACAAGUUCACGCACGCACAACUAGAGAAAGACGGCGUGAUUACGAGAAGUAAUGUUCCUGAGAAUCGAAGAGGAAAUAUAUUCUUCAUGUUCCGGAGCCCACUGGCAGGCACGUUUGUUAUCAGCUUGCACUACAAAGGGCGUGCCCGUGGUCUGUUGGAGUUGGAUCUCAAACUCGAUGAUUUACUUGAGAUGCAGAAAGAUGGACAAGAUGAUCUUGAUCUCGAAUAUGUCCAAUUUGAUGUUUCAAAAGUGCUGGCGCUGCUCAACAAACGAUUUGCGAGGAAGAAGUAA